AGCCCGGGAGCAGCUGCUGGCUUCCGGGCGCGCCGGGCUGAAUCGCUGCGGCGGAAUCGCCCCUUCAUUCCUGGCGGGAGCACCUGCGAACUUUCCUGGGAUUAGGGAAUCUGUGCCACCCAAAUUGUGUGAUCCAGUGAACCUGCAAGGAAAGGUCUCUGAGGCCCCUGUCUGCUGACUGCAUGACAAACCCCAAAGGAAAUGCCAGUAGUGAUGGCCCGGGACCUGGAGGAAACAGCAUCAUCCUCAGAGGAUGAGGAGGUGGUAAGCCAAGAGGAUCAUCCAUGUAUUACGUGGACUGGAGGCUGCAGGAGAAUUCCAGUUUUGGUAUUCCAUGCUGAGGCUAUUCUGACAAAGGACAGUAAUAUUCGAGUAAUUGGAGAACGUUAUCAUUUGUCUUAUAAGAUUGUACGAACGGACAGUCGCCUGGUACGCAGCAUUCUGACAGCCCAUGGAUUUCAUGAAGUUCACCCAAGUAGCACUGACUAUAACCUCAUGUGGACAGGAUCCCACCUGAAGCCCUUCUUACUUCGCACCCUCUCUGAAGCACAAAAGGUUAAUCACUUUCCCAGGUCUUAUGAACUAACCCGGAAGGACCGACUGUACAAAAACAUCAUUCGAAUGCAGCAUACACAUGGAUUCAAGGCUUUUCACAUCCUCCCCCAGACUUUCCUCCUGCCAGCUGAGUACGCAGAAUUCUGUAAUUCGUAUUCGAAGGAUCGGGGACCUUGGAUAGUAAAACCAGUGGCCUCCUCUAGGGGGCGAGGCGUCUACCUGAUCAACAAUCCAAACCAGAUUUCCCUGGAAGAGAACAUCCUGGUCUCCCGUUACAUUAGCAACCCCCUGCUCAUAGAUGAUUUCAAGUUUGACGUGCGCCUCUAUGUGCUUGUGACUUCCUACGAUCCUCUCGUCAUCUAUCUCUACGAAGAAGGACUGGCCAGGUUUGCAACUGUGCGAUAUGAUCAAGGAGCAAAGAACAUUCGAAACCAGUUCAUGCACCUGACCAACUACAGUGUGAAUAAGAAGAGUGGAGACUAUGUCAGUUGUGAUGAUCCUGAAGUGGAGGAUUAUGGGAACAAAUGGAGCAUGAGUGCUAUGCUUAGGUACCUGAAACAAGAAGGCAGAGAUACAACUGCGUUGAUGGCCCAUGUAGAAGAUCUGAUCAUUAAGACUAUAAUCUCUGCUGAAUUAGCUAUUGCUACAGCCUGUAAAACCUUUGUUCCUCAUCGCAGCAGUUGUUUUGAACUCUAUGGAUUUGACGUGCUCAUAGAUUCUACUCUGAAGCCAUGGUUGUUGGAAGUGAAUCUCUCUCCUUCUUUGGCCUGUGACGCACCUCUGGACCUAAAGAUUAAAGCCAGUAUGAUUUCAGAUAUGUUCACUGUUGUAGGAUUUGUGUGCCAAGAUCCUGCCCAGCGGGCAUCAACCCGGCCAAUUUAUCCCACCUUUGAGACUUCCAGGAGAAACCCUUUUCAGAAACCUCAGCGUUCCCGUCCACUCUCUGCCAGUGAUGCGGAAAUGAAAAACCUUGUGGGCUCAGCCCGGGAGAAGGUGCCGGGAAAGUUAGGUGGUUCUGUACUUGGUCUGUCAAUGGAGGAGAUCAAAGUUUUACGACGGGUAAAGGAGGAGAAUGAUCGGAGAGGUGGAUUUAUUCGCAUAUUCCCUACAUCAGAGACGUGGGAAAUAUAUGGCAACAUUAGUGAUUCUUCGCAUUUAGUGAUUACCCAACCAGCUGAAAUGAAUGUUAAAACUGAGACAGAGAGUGAAGAGGAGGAAGAAGUUGCAUUAGACAAUGAAGAUGAAGAACAGGAAGCUUCCUUGGAGGAGUCUGCAGGGUCCCUUGGAGAAAAUCAAGCCAAAUAUACACCCUCAUUGACCGUUACGGUAGAAAAUUCACCCAAAGAAACUUCAUUGAAAGUUCCUGAAUGGAAUAAUAAAGGUGAACAGAGCUGCAAAAUUGAGACUCAGGAACCAGAGCCUAAAUUUAACCUGAUGCAGAUUCUACAAGAUAAUGGAAAUCUUAGUCAGUUUUAUCUUGUUGUUUUUCUGUGGGGGUUGGGGACUGGGUAGGAAACAGAACAAAUGGCUGAAAAGAAAUCAAAGAAAAAACUUGAGGAAGAAGAGGAAGAUGCGGUGAAUACAGAAAACUUUCAGGAGUUCAUCAGAAAAGCAAGUGAGGCUGAACUGGAAGAAGUGUUGACUUUUUAUACCCAGAAAAACAAGUCUGCAAGUGUCUUCCUGGGGACUCACUCCAAAAGUUCUAAGAACAGCAGCAGUUAUUCUGAUAGUGGGGCAAAAGGUGAUCACCCUGAGACGCUGGAAGAAGUGAAAACAAAGCAGCCCAAACAGCAACGUGCAACAGAAAUUCACUCUGAUAAAUUAUCUCCUGGUUCAUGCCAUCCAAGCAAGCAUCAUUCAGCUAUAGCCAAAGCACAAAGGGAGGGAGAGGAUGGUUCAUCCUACAGCAAACAGUACAGCCAAAGUGUGGUUACAGCUGAACUUCAGCGGCUAGCUGAGAAGCAGGCGGCACGGCAGUACUCUCCAUCCAGCCACAUAAGUCUCCUAACCCAGCAGGUAACAAACCUGAAUUUGGCAAGUGGUGUCAUAAGCAGAAGCAGUGCUUCAACUCCCCCCACCCUCCAGCCUGUCAUCAGUCCUAGUGUCCCAACAUGGUCAACACAGUCAGAACCCCAAGCUCCUGAGAGUCACUCCAUCCCUCCUGGAAGCAGGAGCCUCCAGACAGAUGGCUUUGCCUGGGAGGGAGAGGUAGAGAACAACGCGUAUAGCAAGGCAACAGGGGUGGUCCCCCAGCACAAGUAUCACCCUACUGCGGGCAGUUACCAACUUCAUUUUGCCCUGCAGCAACUUGAACAACAAAAACUUCAAUCCCGGCAGCUUCUGGACCAGAGUCGAGCCCGGCACCAGGCAAUCUUUGGCAGCCAGACACUACCUAACUCCAGUUUAUGGACAAUGAAUAAUGGUGCAGGCUGCAGAAUUUCAAGUGCCACAGCAAGUGGCCAGAAGCCAAUUACACUGUCACAAAAAGUGGUGCCACCUCCAAGUUCAUCGUCCUCUCUGGUCCCCAAAACCCCAACCAAUCACAAACAAAUGCUCCGAAAGUCAACAUCCCAGAAGUCUUCCAAAGGCUCCUCUGCAGAAGGGCAGUUGAAUGGACUCCAGAGCGGUCUAAACUCUGCAGCCUUUGUGCCCAUCACCAGCUCCACAGGACCUUUGGAAGCUCCCCAAGUUAUUUUCGCCAGAUCAAAACCCUUGCCCACACAAUCUGGAGCCCUUGCUACAGUUAUAGGACAGAGAAAAUCAAAGUCGGUGAAGUCAGGGCCAAUUUAAGGUAACAGUAAGAAUACGAGCAUAUCUUUUCUUUAUUACUUGCCAACUUUAUGCUGCAGCAAUAGCCUUAAUAGCUAUCAAGAAAAGUAAUCAAAAUAACAAUGAAGUUGGAACUUAAUAAAACCAAAGCUCAGAAAGAAUCUCCAAAACUCUGUAGGUCAAAGCUGAGUGCAACUAGCCUGCUUCUGAAGGUCCUACCAGUAGGUGGCACUGUAGCAGUAAGAAAUUUCCCUACUAUUAUUAGAGACUUUUGUUUAAAAAUAUGGGAACUUUGAGGGAAAUCAAAGAAAAACUAGACCCAUGAUUGAGUUAUCACAAGUACAUUGUAACACUAUACUGGAAAGCAUUAUAUUUAAAGGUCAAGUUGCAGUAGCCUUCAAAAAGAUUGAAUAUUUAUUGAAGAAGUCUCUUAGUCUAGGUAAGUAGUUUGUGAACUGGACUUUCAGAUAAUGAGAGGCAGGUAGGGAACAAAAAAAAUUUUUCUUUUGGUGAAGUUGAUGGAUUAAUUAUGCUUUUUGUUGAGUUUUUAAAAAUAAAUAUGCUGUAAUUGGCAGUAAAACAAGCUAUAAACCCCAUCCAACCACGCAUCCAAUAAAAGCUGAUACACUGAGGAAAUGGCCUGCCUUGAUCUUGUGAGGCUGUAUACAUACUUCACAAGCAUUUUGUUGCAAGCUGUGGCAUUCAAAACUUUCCAGAUAAUUCUAUGAAACCUCAAGGCUUUGAGAAUUUCCUUCCUCUUUGCUCUGCCCUCCACACUAAAGCACACCUGCUAUGAGCUUAAUACUCUUCUUACCUCUAGGGGAAUAUUUAUAAACUUAUUUGAGAAGCAUUAUUCAUCAGAAUACCCCAGGAGAGCAAAGGAGAGAGGAAAAUUAUUUACCCACCACAGGAUUCAUUUACAUUGGAUCAGUAUACUUCAAAUAUCCUUCCUCAGCCCAUCUAAGCUCUUUCCAGAAAGGCAUAAGAAGAGAGAAGGGAACACCAAAUCCAUGGCUUGGUCAUCUACCAAAAUGUGCCAGAGAAACUGCAUACAGCCAGUGUUCUAUUGGCAAUACUUAGUCAAUGGUCCUUUAAUUCUGAUACUAAGCAGCCUGUCCAGUGAACAACUAGUAGAAAAUAGAAAACUAAAGCGAGAAGGUCAAUAUUUCCUUCAGGAGACUGGCAGCCAGACGAAUGAAUGUGACAUCAAGCUCCAAACCAAACUGAUGGCCUGCCAAGAAGUACUAAUGUCCAUCCGUUUCCAGGACUGUGAGACUUGGACCUGCCACGGUUGUAAUAUCACUUUCCAUGAACCUAUUUCAUUAGUGUCCCUUGCAUUCCACACUGAACAUUACAUGGCAAAAUAGGAUCCUCAGUAAAGAAACUUUGGGAAAGAGCCCAUUGCUCAAUAUUUAAAUCUCUGUUGCAAACACAGCCCUACUGAGUUGUACGUAGGCUAGGGACGGGUGAUGCUGUGCUUUGUAAUUAGCUGAGGUGAUGAGGCCAGAUGCCAGUUAUGUAUGAACUCAGAAAACGGAAUGGGUCAGAGAGCCUCAGAAGUCCAGCCUCCCAUGGCACAGCAUAACUGCUGGGAAGCUCCAGACGAGGCCCACCAACCAGGCAUGUGGUAGAUGGCAGGGGCUGCCUUUCCUUGAGCUGGAGAAUUAGGUAGUUUACAAA